ACUACAUUUGUCUGGCAUGCUAGGGAGCUGGGGCGCGAGCCGACACAUGCUGAGGUGCAUAAGCGGAUGCACACUCUGAAGGCUGACCCGACCCGAUUCGUGGAUGAGCGCGCGAGGAUUGUGGCUGAGCGUUUUGAGCAGGAGAUGCUGGCCGCUACACAGACAGCCGAGGGGAGUACAGCAUCUACCCCAGUGGAUCCGGACGAAGUUUAUCUUGCUGUUGAGGGGGUGAGGAAGCGGCGUAUCUACGAAUUAGGCUCAGUUGGUUCUGAGUACGUAGCCUCGCAGCGAGGUACUUCUAGUAGACGAGCCGUCAGCUCCUCUCAGACCAUGUCGCCAGCCGCCGAUGCGAGGUUCCGUACGGAUCUCAUCGCUCAGUUCGCGAAUACGAUCCGUGAUCAGGUCCAGAUUGCGGUUGCAGCGGCGAUGCAGCAGAUGCAGCAGCGGGCCCCAAGAGAUGUGUUACCCACUCCUCCACCACCGCCUCCACCACCGCCUUCACCGGCUACUGAUGACGUUGUCCCAGAUGACGACGUCACAGAUUUGUAGUACUGUAGU